AUGUCCGACGCGAUAAACGCGUCCUCGUUAUCACCCUCAAUGAGCACUCGAAAGCGACCUCGAUCACACGAAAACGAUGAGAAUAUCCCUCCCACGACUCCCGUAAAUGCGAAACCUAUGAAAUUCAUCGACUGCUCUGCUCCCAAGAAGCCUCGUUUGUCCGCCAAAAAUGGGCGCCAUUUCACCCCACAGGAUAUUCAAAACAUGCGGGAAUCGUAUGCCCAGCAAGCUCCGACACGGGUUAUGAAGGAAAAGGAACAGAAAGCUGCUGCUGCUGCGCGAGGGGCUGAAAUAGAGGCUGGACAAGCGACAGACCGAGUUGAACAGGCCUGGAGUCUCCUACGCCCUCUCUUCCCCUCCAUGCACGACUUCUUACGCGAACUACUCACUACGCGUCAUCCUGUCCGAUCUUCUCAAGUAUCCAAUCUACUUACCUUUCAUGGACACGACCUCUUGAAUCUCAUACGUGACCGACAUCCUUCUGUUGCAAAUGAUUGGGCUCUCAGCACGGCAAGGCAGCUUGUGUCAUCGGAGUGCGACUCUUUAUCCCAGCGUUUCAAGCCUGCCCCAGGGACACCAGUCUCUGACAUCUUACACAGGUUCUCUUUGCGAGAGGUUCUCUCUGAUGCUGAGAUUCUUGCACCCACACUCUUCCAGAUACUCCAACAGGCUUGUGGAAUGCUAUCCACAUCACAAGAUCAGCCUUCUCGCAAACACCCAGAUCUUGUUCUCGCCACCACGCUAUGUAUGCUUGCAAAAGCACGAAAUGAUCACGCGAGCGACUUUCCGACAACCAUGUGCAUGUAUUUUCUUGCAUGCGGCACGUCACGCUCAGUUUUCGACGUUCUCAACCAUGCAGGGGUCACGCUCUCAUACACUCAGGCCGUCGCAAAGAUCAAGCAGCUCGGAAGAGAACGUCUCACGAUGAUGCGAGAGAUUGCUCGGUCACGAGCGUUCAUGGUCAUCUGGGACAAUCUUAACAUUGCCUUCAAGGUUAGCGAGCAGCGUCACGACGCCAAGGAUCAUUUUGAUAACGGAACUACUGCGACUCUCCUUCCACUAUACGACGUUGAUUUCGGUGGACUUCCACUCGAACUUUUACCCUCCCGUGACUGUCGCAUUCCCGUCCUCAAGUUUGGGGCCAAAGAUCUUCUCCCAACUAGUGAAGAAGCUCAGCGCGUCGAGGCCGGACAACUUUGGCAUAUCCAAGACAUUCUAUAUGAAGCUUUCCCAUCUCUCCGUAAACGUUUGAAGGACAAGAUCCCUCCAGCUCCCACGGUUCUCCAGAUCCCCGUUCACAAGACGGAGCAAUAUCCCCUUCCUGCUAUGCAUAUUGACGAGUCCAGCUUGGAGGGAACUCUUGGUGUUUUAGAUAAAAUAAUACGUGUCGAACUUGGGCUUACUGAGGACGAUAUCAAGAAGCAUGGUAUCAUUCUGUGUGCUGGCGAUCAGCUGUCGAAGCUGUUACUCGAUAAGGUUUCUGCUGCUCGACGAGAUGACUCAGAUCUUGUUGAUAAUGUUGGACGCUAUACAAAAGGGCAGGAUGGCGUUUUCCAUAUGAAAAUGGCGGGAGAUCGCAUGACUACCAAUGAGCAUUGGGGACAACCAAACAGCAAAGCACCAUGGUCGCUUUGGAAGGUCAAUACACUUUUGGGGCGGAAGGCAAUAGUUGCGGGCUGGAAGGCGAAAUCACUUCCACCUUUCCGACCGUCCUACGAGCUGAUCCUUACAAUGGCCUUGCCAGCCAACAUCCUUGAUGGGUUUAGGAUAUACUGCCCAUUCACCACCAUUGAGGAAUGGGUUGAGAGAGUACAGACCGUAGAAGAGGUUGAAGGGGUGGCGCAACAAGUUCUGAUUGAGUUGUGUUCCGCACGUCGCGUACAGCGUUUGCGACGUCUCACAUCCACGAAACGUGACGUUCCGUUGGAGAACAUUUGUUUGUUUAACCGUGACGCUCUCUACCUACGUCAACUGAAAUUUGGAGUUAAACGAGGAGAUGUCGGGGCCAUCCUUGACAUAGCUACUCAUUGGAUGCUCAUGUUUCGUGGAACUGGAAAGAUGCCAAAGUACGCGGAUGCUCUAUUUCACAUUCUCGUUGACUUGAAGUCAAUGCAUCCCAAGCUUCGAACUGCAUGGCUUAUGAACUGGCUUGCCAAUCUCACAGGGAAGGUUGAUGGCUUCAAAGAGAUGGAUUUACUUCAGGAGCACCAGAACUUUUGGGCCAAGAUCAUCUAUUCUGCACGAGGUUCCAAUCGCAGCUGGGAGUGGCUCGCCAUGGUUUCAGUUUCUAUUUUCGCUCUUCGCGAUGUGAUCCGACGCGUGCAGUCAGAGUACAAAACCCCAUUCAACAGUACCUCCCACACGAGCCCGUCAACCGAGGCUGAUCUGAAGAUUCUUCGUGAUCACCUCAAAGAUCUGAAACUUCAAACUUAUAUGCCAGAACGCGAGAACAACCAAUACGCGUCUGAAGUCCGUGACCUUCUCGCCGUGGGUGCGGAGUAUGCAAACAAACCCAGCGCUUUCAGAAAUUUUACCUACACAAGACGCAAAGCAACAAAUCUUGGCACACCGGAAGGGUCCCCUCCAACUGAUCACGUAACACAGGAAGAUUCGGAACAGGUUGACUUUGAUUUAGGAAGAUACUGCCUUUGA